GCAUAGUUUGCCAUAAUAUGUGUCUACAUAUAAACAUUUGUCGAUUUUUUUCGUUUGUUUCAUUUUCAUUUUUUUCAGUCAGUCAGCCGGUUUACCACGGGCCGCGCAUCGUGACGUCAGACGCAUGCGUAGUGUACGUAAGCCAUAAUGGCUGCGUCCUCGUCACAAUGGACGACAUCUACUAGCUAGCACUCGUUCAACCACCUCCGAUUUGUUGUCUCCGUCGUUUGGAUUGACUUUUUAAACCAGCGGAUACAUGUUAAAGCAGGUCGGCACUGCAGGCCCGUCUUCCAUCGCCUCUCCUCAGCAAAUGAAGGAGUCCAAGGACAUCAUGGCCACACCGGGCCAGGCCAUGCUGGACCACAUCAAGCCGUGCUGGUACUGGGACAAGAAAGACUUGGCCCACACCCCCUCCCAGUCUGAAGGCCUGGACCCUGGCACAGAGGCCCGCUACCGCAGAGAGGGGGCUCGCUUCAUAUUCGACGUGGGCACACGCCUUGGCCUACACUAUGACACGCUGGCGACGGGCAUCAUCUACUUCCACCGCUUCUACAUGUUCCACUCCUUCAAGCAGUUCCCCAGAUACGUGACGGGUGCCUGCUGCCUCUUCCUGGCCGGCAAAGUGGAGGAAACGCCCAAAAAGUGCAAAGAUAUCAUCAAGACGGCACGCAGUUUGCUCAACGACGUGCAGUUUGCUCAGUUUGGGGACGACCCAAAGGAGGAGGUGAUGGUGUUGGAGAGGAUCCUCCUCCAGACCAUCAAGUUCGACCUGCAGGUGGAGCAUCCUUACAUGUUCCUGCUGCGCUACGUCAAGCAGCUGAAAGGGGAGAAGAACAAAGUCUGCAAGGUGCUGCAAAUGGCCUGGACCUUCGUCAACGACAGCCUAUGCACCAUGCUGUCGCUACAGUGGGAGCCAGAGAUCAUCGCCGUGGCCGUCAUGUACCUCGCCGGCCGCCUCUGCAAGUUCGACAUCCAGGAGUGGACCGCCAAGCAGUCGUCACGCCGCUGGUGGGAGCAGUUUGUGCAGGACGUCCCUGUGGAGCUGCUGGAAGACAUUUGCCAUCAGAUCCUGGACCUCUACUCCCACGGCAACAAGCCCAUCCCUCAGCAGGUGCAGGAGAAGGAGCGCGGGCCCGCCUCCAUGCCACCGGCCCCACCUGUGCCGCAGGCUCCGCCCCAGCCCGCCAACCCUCCCCUACCACCCACCAAGAAGACGUCCCCUCAGAGUGCCAGCCCCACGCGCCAGCUCAAACGCACACACGCCUCCCCCAAGGAUGAACCAAAGCCCCCAGAACAAGUUGGAUCAAAGAUUCCUCGCCUGGAGAGCCCCAUGCCCCCUCUGCCUACAUCACAGCCGCCCCCGGAGCGCAAACCCGCUGCUCCAGCCCCUCCCACUGAAGCAGAACCACAGAGCGAAGCUGCUCCCCCACCCCCUAGCCAGCCCCCUCCCCUGCCACACCGGCCCCCGCCGCCUCCACCCUCCAACUACGUCAUGUCCACUAGCAGCUCCUACAUGUCAGGCGAGGGCUACCAGAGUCUUCAAUCCAUGAUGAAGACUGAGGCCCCCUCCUACGCUCCGCCAAUGCCACCCACUUACGCACCCCCGAUGCCGCCCUACCAUGUUUACCCUCCACCCACAGCGCCCCCGCCAGUCCCUCCCCCACCUGCCACUUACCCACCGCCGACCAUGCCUCCAAGCUAUCCACCACCAGGGUACAACAGCUACCCACCACCUCACAUGCCCCCCACCCAUGUACCCCCUCCUGGCAUCGGCCUCCCUCCCACCGGGUACCCGCCUCCACCCCCUGUGCCUCAAGGUCAACCACAGGUGCCCCUACCCCCGCCACCGGGCAUGCCCAUGAACCGUGGAGGGUGGAUGAGAUGACAGAGUGUACCCAAACAUCCCAAAGGCGAAGCAGGAUCCUCAUGGUGGGAUCAACCUGAUAUCGUGAUGUGAUAUCAAACACUGGAUCAUUGACGUUGUACAUUUCAUCCUUACAUUCCUACGUUGGUUUCACACCCGCUUCUUUGCUUUUGUGUCAUAGUGGCACUUGGAAAAAUAAAAUGACUUUUUUUCAAUCAA